CAAGCGUUGGUGGUAGUAGACUAGGAUGUGGGAGGGGCAAGGCCCUGCUCCUCACAAGUGAGAGAAGACAUGGAAUCCCGAGGGCAGGACAACCAAGUUUCAAAAUUCAGAAUAUCUGGGGACAGAUCCAGUCAAUCGAUUAGGACUAAUUUGGUAGGUGAGCCCAAGAUAUCAUGGGAUGUCAACUCUAACCAUGCAAAGUCCUAUCAUAUUGUCCCCAAAGUAAAGACACCUCUUGAAAAUUGUGCUCGCAGAAGGCAGAUACCUAGCACGAGUUUUUGGGCGAAUACCUCCAGUGAACACCAAACUCACCCUGAUAAACGCCUGAAGUCUAGGACCAGGCUUGUCCGGAGUCCCAGAUCUCCCCAACCAUCAAUGUAUCUCACUAUUCUAAAUGAAUUUUUCAAGCCAGAGAGGCUAACAAAAUUGGAGAAUAAGGUAAGACGUCGGACAAUUGAGGCCCUGGAGAAGCUGAGUAAGAAUAUAGAAGAGGCCCGGCGGCAGCAGGAACUGCUGCUGCAAGACAGCAAGGUACUGCAACAGGAGACACUCUACCUGGAGACUGAGAACAACUACUUCCUGAAAUUCCUAAAGAAACGGAAUGAUCUGUGUAAAAAGAAACACGAGGACCUGUGGAAUGAGUAUUUCCAGGAAUGCGGGGAGAUGAGACGUCGGAGACAAGAACUGGCAUCCAUGUUUGCCCAACAAAAUGCAGACCUUCAAAAGCAGCUCUUGCACGGAAAAAGCACCCAGUUCCAGUUGAAGCAGCAGGUCCAGUCACUGCAGCAUAUCAAGUCAGUCAAGAAGGGCCAGGAGAUGAGAAUCCAGGCGUUACAGGAGGAGCUGGCGAACAUGAAAGCGGUGACGGCUAAGAAGGACCAAGAGGCAUUCUUGCAGUUCCUGCAGCGAAAGACGCCCCUAGACAGACAGAUGCAGGAACUCAAAUGCCUGCAGGUGGGACAGGGCAGAACCAAGGAGGCGAAGAACAAGGCCCGGGCCUUGGCCUCAACAGCCAGGAAGGUGAAUUCUGAGAUUUGCUCUAGUGUCUGCAGAGAGAACCAGGAGUUACAGGAGGAAUUGUGGAAGCAAGUCCGGGAGUAUCACAAGCUAGAGUCUCUAAAGAGGCAGUUAGAGAACUGGAAAGAGAAGCUGAAGGAGGAGCAAUGGUACCAAGAAGCCUUAGUUAGGGGGAGACACCAGCUGAAGGCAGAGAGAGAGAGAAGUCAUAAUUAUGACCCUUUCCCGAAGAACAGGGUGCCCUGAGGCCACACUGAACCACAUCCUUUAUGCACCAAGUCAAGAAUAGAUCCGAGGUAAUUUAUUUAUUUGAAAUUAGAAUUGGAAAUCAACAACUAGGCUCUGGCACUGUCUUGGCCUACUGGGGAGGCUGUUGAAUUGCCAGUGACACUGGAUUUUCCCAGCUUGGAAAAUCACUUUGAGAUUUGUGUGUGUGUGUGUGUGUGUGUGUGUGUGUGUGUGUGUGUGUGUGAUUCUUAGACAUUUCCAUGGAGGACCACUGGACGACGUGGGAUCGUUUUUCAUAAACCAGGAUUCACAGUGCAAUAAAUCACUCUUCAGUCUGUGGUAAUGCUAAAAAUUACAACUACCUUAUUGAACAUUCUCCUUUACAGAGGAAACGAAACUGGUGGGGGAUGUUAAAGGAAUUGGGUGAAGUAAUAGGAAGCUAGACCUGAAUAUUCAAACCAGACAGGUACUGAAUGCAAAGGCCCUAAGAUCAG